CACACAUGUGCACCACAGCAGUGUCACUCAGUCCCCAGAGAUUCUGGGCAACCUCACUCAUUUGUCAUUAGAAAAAAGCUCGGGCUUUGGAUCUUGCUCUGUUGUUUCUCCAGCUGUGUUAUGCCCCUUCUCCUGAAUAGACAAGAGUGUGGGUGCCUCCCUCUCUGAGCCCUGCCUGUCUUUCUACUAGAGCACCAGCAGAACUGACGGAAGUUUCAGUGUAGCCAGCAAGCUGGUGAAAUUGUUAAGUCAUGGAGACCAAUCAGGAGACUUCCCUCUUCUUGGUGAAGAUUUUGGAGGAACUGGAAAGCAAGCAAAACACCGUUUCUUAUCAGGACCUGUGCAAAUCACUGUGCGCCCGCUUCGACCUGUCGCAGCUGGCCAAGCUGAGAAGCAUGCUCUUCUACACAGCUUGUCUAGACCCCAAUUUUCCAGCCACGUUAUUCAAAGACAAGAUGAAAUGCACCGUGAAUAAUCAGCAAUCAAAGAAAAUCAUGGUGGCAGCAGACAUUGUCACGAUAUUCAACCUGAUCCAAAUGAGUGGGGGAGCCGCCAAGGAGAAGCUGCCCACCAGCCGUCAGAAGGCCCGCAGGAAGCAGGCGUCCUUCGAGUCGUGCAGGGCGGAUGUGGAGACCUGCAGCGCCGCAGAGUGCGAGCCUCUCAACUGCGAGCUGAGCGACAGGCCUUUCAGCCGGGGCUACCCCACCAGGCAGUCGUCCAAGUGCCGGAAGAUGGACUGCAAGGACUGCCCGCAGUUUGUCCCCGCCUCGGAGCCCAGCUUCCUGCUGGGUGUCAGCAAAGAGGUGAAAAACCGCGCAGCUUCCCUGGACAGGCUGCAGGCCCUGGUCCCUUACUCUGUUGCCAGCCCUCAGCCCUGUGAGAUGCAGAGGACCUACUUCCCCAUGAACAUGGAGAACGAGCCCAUCUCAGACCAGGACUCCCUGACCCUCAACCAGGGCAUCAAGGAGACCUUCAUUUCCAACGAGGAACCGUUUGUGGUCCAGUCCUGUGUGCAGAAAAGGAACAUCUUCAAGGAGGACUUUCACAAUCUGAUGGCAGUGUCCCCCAGUAUGGUUGGCCCAACCAGCAAAGCAGAAGGUGAUCAUAGGGACCCCCAGAGUCGAAAGGACAUCCACAAGCCCCCCUUCUUUAACCACAGCUUCGAAAUGCCCUACAACAGCCAGUACCUGAACCCAGUGUAUUCCCCUGUUCCUGACAAAAGGCGAGCAAAGCACGAAAGCUUAGACGACCUUCAAGCCUCCACAUAUUUUGGACCCACCCCGGUAAUGGGAACCCAGGAAGCCCGGCGCUGUCCCGGGAGGCCCAGCAAGCAGACCCCGUGGCCAGCCAAAAGCUGGAGCCUAAACACGGAGGAAGUCCCUGACUUUGAACGGUCCUUUUUCAGCAGAAAUCCCUCCGAGGAGAAGCUACACUAUCCAAAUCCCAGCAGCCAGACCCCCAAUUUCCCAGCCCCAGCCAGGCGGCCAGCUUACCUCUCGCCAAAGGAUCAACAGCCGAUUCUGCCUGUUGGCUACGCUAUGAAACCAAACGGGCCCAAAGCUAAAGAGAUGCCCUCUCCGGUCGACCUGGAGAAGCACGAACCCCUGAAAAAGUUCAAGGACAAGAGUAUCAGCUGCACCAGCGGGCAGCUCAGCUCGGACACCAGCAGCGUGGGCACCCAGACGGAGCAGUACAUACUGGAGCCCCAAAAGUGCAAAGACCUGUGUGCGUCUGGACAGGCCAAGUACAGCGACAGACACACCAUGAAGCACUCGGACGACGAUUCGGAGGUCGUCAGCGAUGACAUCAGCGACAUCUUCCGCUUUCUUGACGACAUGAGCAUCAGUGGCUCCACGGGCGUGAUACAAUCGUCCUGCUACAACAGCACGGGGUCCCUGUCUCAGCUUCACAGGUCGGACUGUGACAGUUCCCCUGAGCACAACUUAACCAAAGUUGCCAACGGGGUCCCCAACAGCAAGGGAGAGAAGGGCACCCGGCCUGAAAACAGCCACCACUCGGAAGGAGAGCUGAAGAGCAGUGUGUGCGAGCUGGUGCUCAGGAUCGGGGAAAUCGAGCGCAAGCUCGAGUCGCUGUCAGGUGUCCGCGAGGAAAUCUCUCAGGUCUUGGGCAAACUGAAUAAGCUGGACCAGAAAAUGCAGCAGCCGGAGAAGGUGAGCGGGCAGAUGGAUCUGAACUCCCUGACCAGCGAGGCUCCGUCUGAGGACAGCGCCUCUCCGCGGCUGUUCCGCGCGCACAGCGGCUCCCACGGCCCCAAGCUGGAGAGCAGCGCCGACUGGUGCUGCUCCGACGCCAGCGGGAGCAACAGCGAGAGCCUGCGUGUGCAGGCCUUAAAAAAAAGCCUCUUCACCAGGCCGUCCUCCAGGUCCCUGACAGAGGAGAACAGCGCCACCGAGUCCAAAAUCGCCAGCAUCUCCAACUCGCCCCGGGACUGGCGUACCAUCACCUACACCAACCGCGGGAGCCUCAGCGAGGAGGAGAUAAAAGACGCUGGCCCAGGAGAUAAUAAGGACUGGCAUCGAAAGUCUAAAGAGGCAGACAGGCAGUACGACAUCCCCCCACAGCACCGACUGCCCAAGCAGCCCAAAGAAGGCUUCCUGGUGGAGCAGGUGUUCAGCCCUCACCCCUACCCUGCCUCCCUCAAGGCACACAUGAAGAGCAACCCCCUGUACACGGAUAUGCGGCUAACUGAGCUGGCAGAGGUGAAGCGGGGCCAGCCUUCUUGGACCAUGGAGGAGUAUGCACGGAAUGCGGGCGACAAGGGCAAGCUGACAGCCCUGGACCUGCAGACACAAGAAUCUUUAAACCCAAACAACUUAGAAUAUUGGAUGGAAGAUAUUUAUACUCCAGGCUACGAUUCAUUACUAAAACGUAAAGAAGCUGAAUUCAGACGAGCCAAGGUUUGCAAGAUCGCUGCUCUGAUCGCAGCCGCUGCGUGCACUGUCAUCCUGGUCAUUGUCGUGCCUAUCUGCACGAUGAAAUCGUGAGCCGGCUGGCGACCGCUGAUGUCUUCCUCUGCACUUUAAAAUAUUGCAGCAGUUGUGGCACCAGUUUGUUGAAACAGAGACGAAGUCAUGGAGGCUUUUCUGCAAAUGCUGAAGGCGGCCUUCAGAAAGUACAUGUUCUAGUGAGAAAUCUACCUACAUAUGUUAGCUUUGACUUAAUUUACUCUGUGCAUUUUUAGAAGUGCAAUAUCUUUUCCUACCAAAAGAAUGUAAUGGACUAUCUGUAAACACAAAAUGAAUAUUUAAAGCAGAAAAAGAGAAAAGAUUAAUUGGAUUCUUUCCAUUGUGAUGAUGUUUCAUGGCAGGGAAUAAGUUAUACAGAAGGUAUUUAAUCUGUGCCUCUUUGGGAAAGGCUAAGGAAGCAGGCAGGAUGAGAAGGGAAGAGGGUGAGUUCUCUUCUCCUUAAUGAUCUUACACCAUUGCUGGUGAAGGAAUAGGGUGUGUAUUCAUGAAGGAUGUUACUACUCUGCCGACUCUUGUCAAGGGCUACUGAUUUUUCCUUCUUGCCCUUUUGCCAUCAACAUGACAGAAUAUCUGCAUCAUUGUAGACCUUUACGGAAAUAUUCUGGACCUUCUUCAUGCCCAGGGUAGGAAGGAACUGGAACAUGGGCCAAGGUAUUCAGGCCAGGAGACCUUCCUAUCCCCAACCCACAGUGUGGAGAGCUCCUUGUUAAUGACUGUGGCCACUCCAAAGGAUCUCUCAUUUGUUCUUUGGUAUGUGGCUGUAUUCCUUGAUUUCUUGAUUUUCUGUCUCUUGAAGAGUUUGGAACUUGUCUUUGUGCCUUGAAGAGUAGAGACAAUGGCUAAACUUUGAUGCUCUAUCUGUUAAUCAUAGUUUUCAUGAACCAAUAUCAGCCAUUUUCAAUGGCUUUAAAAAGAUUUGGCACGCUUGUUCAAUAAUAUGGUAAAUGCACUGAGGUCUUCUCCACUACCCCAACACUGACUCCAGAGUCUUGAAUACUUGUCAGCAGUGCAA